AGUGGCAGUGGCGGCAGGCAACCCCAGAAGCUCCUGUGAGCUGAAGAAAAGAGAUCUUUAUGCCUUCCAGAGGGAAGCUCAUUCUGCAAGGCUAAGGAAACAAAGGGAAGGAUUGUGUGUCCCUCUAGUCCAGACGUCUCAAACCAACAGUUCCAUUGGGGAUGGUAUGGUGCUCUUCUCACUUCUUCUGAGGUCCCGUCUUCCCUCUGCCCUAAAGGGUCUGCCAACGGCAGCACACAUCAGAAACACAGCCAGCAUGGCUGAAGGACUCCAACCAGCCAGUGUGGUGCUCCUACCCAGAUCACUAGCACCAGCCUUUGAAAGCUUCUGCCAGGCCAAUCGUGGUCCUCUGCCCCUGCUGGGCCAAAGUGAGCCAGAGAAGAUACUGCCGCGCCUGAGCACUGUUCCAGACGGGAGGACCAUCUGUCCACAGUUCCAGAAAUAUGAGUUUGGGACCUGCACAGGCAUCCUGGCCUCACUGGAAGAGUACUCAGAGCAGCUGAAGGACAUGGUGACCUUCAUCAUGGACUGUAGCUUCUCCAUAGACAAGGCCUUGGAGCAGGCAGGGAUCUCCAGAAGAGACCCAGCAGAUCCAAGCCACGCAGGAUCAUACAAGACGACAGUGCCAUGUGCCACCAUUGCUGGCUUCUGCUGCCCUCUGGUGGUCACAAUGAGACCCGUUCCCAAGGACAAGCUGGAGAGGCUGUUCCAGGCCACACUCUCCUUGGGAGGACAGCAAGGACAACCCAUCCACAUCGGUGACCCAGAGCUCUUGGGAAUCAAGGCACUGUCCAAACCCGACUAUGGGAAUUAUGUGGAGUGUCGGCCUGAGGAUGUCCCAGUGUUCUGGCCUUCACAGCUGACCGGUCUGGAAGCAGUCAUCAGUUGCAAGGCUCCACUGGCUUUCACCAGCUCUCCAGGCUGCACGGUGAUGGUCCCGAAGGACACUGUGUCUCCAGCCAGUUGUCGGACCCCCGAGAUGGUUCUGGAAGUCCACGCCAUUUCCAAAGACCCUUUGCAUUACAGUAUAGUGUCAGCCGCUGCUGCUCAAAAGAUCAGAGAGCUGGAGUCCACCAUCGCUAUAGACCCGGGUAACCGGGGGAUCGGGCACCUGCUACGUAAGGAUGAGCUGCUGCAGGCCGCUCUGUCACUGUCCCAUGCCCGCUCAGUACUAGUCACCACUGGAUUCCCCACACAUUUCAAUCACGAGCCGCCGGAGGAGACGGAUGGCCCACCAGGAGCCAUUGCUUUAGCUGCCUUCCUGCAGGCUCUGGGGAAGGAGACCUCCCUGGUGGUAGACCAGAGAGCCUUGAACUUGCACACAAGGCUUGUUGAAGAUGCCGUUCAGGAAGGUGUUCUGAAGACACCAGUCCCCAUAUUAACUUACCAGGGUGGAUCAAUGGAAGAUGCUCAGGCAUUUUUGUGCAAAGAUGGGGACCCCAAGUCUCCAAGAUUUGACCAUCUGGUGGCCAUCGAGCGUGCAGGAAGAGCUGCUGACGGCAAUUACUACAACGCGAGGAAGAUGAACAUCAAGCACUUGGUUGACCCCAUUGAUGACCUUUUCCUUGCCGCACAAAAGAUUCCUGGAAUCUCAUCAACUGGAGUGGGUGAUGGAGGCAAUGAGCUUGGGACGGGCAAGGUCAAGGAGGCCGUGAAGAAGUACAUCAGAAACGGAGAUGUCAUCGCCUGUGAUGUGGAAGCUGACUUUGCUGUCAUUGCUGGUGUUUCUAACUGGGGAGGCUAUGCCCUGGCCUGUGCACUAUACAUUCUAAACUCAUGUGAAGUCCAUGAGCGUUAUCUGAGGAAGGCAACUGGGCCUUUCAGGGUACCUGGGGAACAGAGCUGGACUCAGGCCCUGCCGUCUGUCACUAAGGAAGAAAAAAUGUUACGCAUCUUGGUGCAGAACCGAGUCCGGAGUGGAGUCUCAGGCAUCGUGGGCAUGGAAGUAGAUGGGCUGCCUUUCUAUGGUGUUCAUGAUGAAAUGGUUCAGAAGCUGGUGGAUGCCACCACAAUGCACAUGUGACCAGCGCAUUGUUUGUGUGCAAAGUCCAUACCCGAUGGCCAUCCUGUGUCUAGUUCUGGAGUCAUUGCUCUAUCCUUCAUCCUGGCUUCUUCAGGCCACCCUUGUGGUCUGCUCUGAGAAUCUUUCCUCCUGCUGCUUAAGAAAUAACUUGUGAACAGUUAACUGUAGGGCAGAGCAUAAGAACAGGCAUUGCCAUGACCUGGGCUAAUUAAGAAAGGCUGGAGUGUUUAACACAUGGAGUGUUGGGUUAAAACCCUGGAGCUUUGUGCUCACCGUGACCAGCAAAAUACUUAUACCUUUGAAGUGCUUUCUUUUUCCAAUAGUAUUCCAUGUACUGUUUUGAAGGGAUCUCCCAGAAGGUCCCUCCAGGCAUCACACCCAUUGUCCCUCACCUCCAUUCACCCCAACAUUUCCUACACGUCCUUCCCAUCUGCUCACUCCUACCCCUAGCCACACUCUUUGCCCCCUUUGUGUGGGAAGGAAGCCAUAUUGCCAGUAGGGCCCAACUGAGUCAGACCUGCCCAGGACUCAGGCAGAUGAGCUCAUCCUGAUCUUUCAUAACCUUCAACUCCACAUUUCUCAGCAAAAUCAGAAACUGAGCCACCGACCAUACCCUGUUAUACACUUAGUCCUGACAUCAGUAUGACAGCUUGUGUGGGACCCGAGCCUACUGAGUGUUAUUUCCUUUCUUUAAACACAUCUGGUAUGGUUCUUUAAGGGGUGUUCAUUGUGAAGAAGGAACACAUGGUAUAGAUUUUACACUCCAAUAAAUCAAGGGUAAAGAGAAAAGUAAUUUUAAUAUGGA